GGGGCUGCUCGCAAAGUUUGGCGAUGGGAGCGAAGAUGUUGAAGAAUCAACGCUAAAGCGAGCAGGACCACCUCCGCUACCUCCGAAGCCAAGAAUAAACAGUUAUCCUGAGGAAAACCUCCCAGACGAUGAGAAAUGUCAGACAAUAAAACAUUUCCCAGACUCGCAGAACAGAGCUCCACCAGCUCACAGGAGACAGAGUAUCCCUGUUUGCGGGCCUCAGGCUGAUUCUUCCCUCCUUGGUAUGACCAGCAGCAUCAGCAGCCCGGGAUUGCUCACAGCGAGAUACAGCGACUUGAGAAACGGGGAUGGCAUGCUGAAACUCAUUGAAGAGAACGCAGAAGGGUCCGGACAAAUCCCGCAGCUGCCCCGUAAAAAAGAGAAAAGAGAUUUUCCUAAGCCAGCAAUCAACGGUUUGCCACCGACACCGAAGGUGCUGAUGGGAGCGUGUUUUUCCAAAGUCUUCGAUGGUUGUCCUUUGAAGAUUAACUGUGCAACGUCGUGGAUACAUCCAGAUACUAAAGACCAGUACAUUAUCUUUGGCACGGAAGAAGGUAUCUAUACUUUAAAUCUGAAUGAACUUCACGAAGCCACCAUGGAGCAGUUAUUUCCCAGAAAGUGCACCUGGCUGUAUGUUAUCAAUAACACCCUAAUGUCCUUGUCAGAAGGGAAAACAUUCCAGCUCUACUCCCACAAUUUAAUAGCUUUGUUUGAACAAGCCAAGAAAACAGGAUUAGCUGCUCACAUUCAAACCCACAGGUUUCCUGACAGAAUAUUACCAAGGAAGUUUGCCUUAACGACAAAGAUCCCCGAUACAAAAGGAUGCCACAAAUGCUGUAUAGUACGAAAUCCGUACACGGGACACAAGUACCUGUGUGGCGCAUUGCAGUCCGGAAUUGUUCUGCUACAGUGGUAUGAGCCAAUGCAGAAAUUCAUGUUAAUAAAGCACUUUGAUUUUCCUUUGCCAAGCCCUUUGAAUGUGUUUGAAAUGCUGGUGAUCCCAGAGCAGGAGUACCCCAUGGUCUGCGUAGCUGUCAGCAAGGGUACUGAACCAAAUCAGGUAGUUCAGUUUGAGACAAUCAACUUGAACUCUGCUUCUUCGUGGUUUACAGAAAUUGGUGCAGGCAAUCAGCAGUUAGAUGCCAUUCACGUGACACAGCUGGAAAGAGACACUGUCCUGGUCUGCCUGGACA